AUGCCUGUUGUAGCCCACUACGAGCGUGCUGUGGUAUUCCGACUGGGUCGGCUAUUCGCCUCCGAGGCUCAAGGUCCAGGACUCAUCUUCCUUCUCCCCUGUUUGGACAACUGUCGUGUGGUUGAUCUCCGCACUUUCACCUUCAAUGUGCCCACGCAAGAGGUGCUCACCAAGGACUCCCUCACUGUAGCUGUGAAUGCUGUAGUCUACUACCGGAUUCGUAAUCCCGUCUGUGCUGUGGUGAAUGUUGAGGAUGCCAACAGAUCCACCCGAUUGCUUGGACAGACCACACUUCGGAAUGUCCUUGGCACUGUCAAUUUGGAUGAACUGCUUACCGCAAGGGAGGAUAUUGCCAUUCUCAUGCAAAAGACCCAACAGUUGGUAGUAGCGUGUUGA